AAUGCACAACAAGUGCAGUUUUUAUGUCUCCUGAUUUAUUCUGCUGCAAGAGAGGGCGUUCAGCAGUUUCUUGAGAUGAUCCUUUCCACCUCGGCUGGAAGACUGGUCUUCGAUGCUUACAAGGACAGUCGACCAUUGCCUGAGGUGGUCGCGAGAGAUUAUGGCCACAACGAGACUGCUUGUUACCUGGAAGGCGUGACCAAGAGGUACAUCAUCCAUAGAACUGAAAGUUAGAAAUCUUGUCGUGAUUUCAUAGUGACAAGGAUUGUACUUUAGUGGUACUGCAUGCAUCCAAACAACUUUUAGUGGUAAUUUUAUUACUUGACACCGAGGUGAGAGACCAGGAAACAAAGGGGUAGUCUCAAAAUAAGGCUUGAUGCACCAAGUAACAUGGAGCUCCCCCCCCCAAUACGGUUAUCAGAGAUAAGUUUUAUGUUUUUUUAUUUAUCGUUGUGUGUAGAUGCAUGCAUGCAUUUGUUUUUUAUUUAUUGUAGUGAGUAGAUGCAUGUAGUUUGUAGUGAAUUUAACUUUUUUUAACCGGCAGAUUUUCAGUAGAGAUCUCUGCUUCAAACGAAUAUCCAAAGAAAAUUAAUUGGUCAGAACUUGCACAGGCUGCUGCCGAGGAAGCUCAAAGUAAGCAUGGUAACUGAGCGACACUUAAUCACUCUUACAUUUUGAGCUUCAGUUUGUGCUCAAGUUUCAUAUCUGGUUUCACUUGUUACUUAUGCACCCUCUACACUGCUGAAAUCAGUGAUGUCUAUGACACCUUGUUUAAACUAAGAGAAACUUAGUAAACUUGGUCAUCACAACAUGAAGGGUGGUCUAGAUCAAUUUGUCACAAGUGUUGGACAAGGGUAAAAUCUGCCCAUGGCAAGGAUACGACCUGUAAUAUAGAAACCCACAAGUGAGAAUCCUCACCAUCACGAUGUUUAGGAAUUUCGCAACUAGAAUCCCCCACAGCAUCGUGUGAUAUCACCUUCAACACAAAUAAUAACGGUCUGAAGCAUGAUCACCUAUUGUGAACGCCCUUGUCGCUGUUAAUUUGUGAUCACUCUCAUCAUACUUGCCAGAGAUGUUAACACAGAUGAAGAGUGAUCAUAUGCGUGAUCAAGAAAUAUUUUUACGGGUACACUGCACUUGUGUCAUUCAUUUGAUGAUAGUUGCAACUUAUUUCAGAUGCAGGGCUAACAUAAUUAAGACAAUAUACAUAUUAGUCAAACAGAAAUGAGUUUAUGGUUAUUGUCUGAGAAAGUGAAUAAGCGCAUUUCUAUUUCAACGCAAGCUUUAUGGAACCUUGUAGGUCUUUUUACGUUAAAAUUAUCUCAUAAUGGUUUUUUUUUCUCGUCAACCAAGUAGAGUUUAAUGCUGAGAACGAAAGCUGUCAUCUCAUAAGUGUACUGUCAAAGGACGCAAGAUAUUUAGGCGAUUUGGAGACAUCGUCUAGUGAACCACACAGUUCGGGUUCUGAAGAUGACAUUUCCAUUACGUCAAGAAGAGGUAUUUCCCUUUUCAUUUAA